AAACCCUUUUUCGCAAGCGCUGAAUAAGUGUUGCAUUUUGUUGCUGUUAUUUUGCCGCUAAAAGGCUGAGCGCGCGCUAGUAUGCCACCCAAACAGUAAAGUGAUCUCUUAGUGCAAGUCCCCUAUUGCAAUCCUAGCAAAAAGUGCGUCAGAAUUAAUCCAUUUCCAUCGGCUGUUUUGGGUAAGUGUAAUGUUUUCGAUUGAGUUUGCUAAAUGAAGUAUAAAAUGUGUGUUCUUCACGUGUUUUGUCUCCGAAUUUUAAAACCAAAGAUUCAGUGGCUGACAGUUUUUUUUUACAAGCAACCGGCCCCUCCCCCCUCCCCCUUGUUAUCGAGUUUUCCUUUCGUUCUCCCAGACUGUCAGACAAGCCGUGGAGAUUAUUUUUUGUUAAAAACUAUAUGCAGAAAAUAGUUUCAGUGAUGAGGCGUAAAGUAUGUACGUAUGCCAUAUAUUCUUAUUUUUGUUAAAUAUGCCUUUAUUUAUAUCGCUUGUCUAUUAUUUCAUAGAUCUAUUUCCUAAUAUAUGGGAGGGAGACAAGGGUGUAUAGCGUUUAGUUGAGAAAAAAAUUUCGUCAAAUUCUACGCCAAUUGCUAAAGAUAACUUCAAAACAAAGGUCUCAAAAUCGAGAGGCCAUAUCCAAAAAUUAAUUUGAGUUUACCAGGAUUCGCUCAAGUGGUUCGUUGUCGCAAAUUGGGUAUAGCUGCGGCACCAUUUAGACCAUCCUGCAUUAUUUAGACCAUUCUGCUUGUCUCAGGAUUACUGUGCCAUUCUUGAACAAAACACAGGCAACCUAAUAUUUGAGACAGUGCGAAGUAAGCAAUUAUAUAUUACUCGCUUUGAACUAAAUUGACCGAUGCCAUAUCAACAAAAAUUGUAAAAUGUAGAUCGGGAUUACGAUAAUUGAAUUAAAGCAACGUGAAUUGGGUGUCUUUUUUGUUUCGUACCAACUCAAUCCCUCCCUCCCCUCCCAACUCUUCAGGUGUCGCGUUUCGUUAUGCAUGAUUGCCGUGGCAUUGUUAUGCAUAUGUGCCUUGGCGAUUUGUGCUUUGUUGAUCUUGUGGGUUUUGGCUCCUAGUUUCAUCAACUUCAUCUGGGAAACACUGGCAUCUUUUCCCCAAGCUUCCUCCUCAGGGUACUAAACAUAACUUUCCAAAGGAUUCUAAAGUUUUCGAACUGCUGCAUUGGGGUAGUAGCGAAAGUUGGCUGCCUCUACUCGAAACCCCUGUGAUCCAAUACAAGAAAAGGCACUGAUUUACGGUAUUUUAAAAGCAGAAUUUUACACCUAUACAUUUGGAAACAUAAACAAGUAUCCAGAGCUCACCGUUUAUAUUGAACAAAACACAGAUAAAACAAAGAAUUCGAAGAGUUGAUGGUUUUGAGCUUUGAAUCGAAUUAAACAUGCAUGGAAUGCGAUAAUGACGUCUUACAAAUCUCGUUAAACUUUGAAGAACUUUGGAAUAUAGUACUUAGAUAUUGAUAUACUACGAAGGCUGAUAACAGUUGAACAUACCUUCUGUCGCAAUCGUUCAAGAUCCACAGCUUUCUUUAUACAGUUUAUCCUAAACUUUGAUCUAGUUGUUAGUGUUUGCUAUACUUAUAUAAGCCAAGAUGUGUGACUGCGAUCGUGCUUGUUCGUUGAUGAUAUCCUGUUGCGGGGCCCUUUGCAGAUGCUGUUGUAAAUUUGCAACUGCAAGGACAGCUUUUCUGUCCCAGUUCCUGAUUUACAGCAUACUUCAAGGGUUCAACGUUGCAACUGAUGCUGGUCUCUAUACAGAGAUCUUCAAAACUAGAAGGCACUGCAAGAACUUUACUGACUACAGUAUUAUACAGUGCAACAAUAAACCAAAUGGGACUGACAUCAAGUCAAUCAUGCAGGACCACCUAAAGACACUUGAGAUCUUGGAAUAUGGCAUGAUGCUGGUGAUGGGUGUUGGUGCAGCUAUAUUUAUCGUCCACGUUAUUGUCCUUUUGCCUAAUUUGAUCAAGAAUUUUAAAGAUCAUGAUUUGGAAAAUGAAGUCAAAGUCAAGGAAGCACCACUGUAUUACCAGAAUAUUGUCAACACUCAUUGCAUUUUUAUGAUUCUCGAGACAUUCAUUCAUGAUAUACCUGCCACAUGCCUGGCUGCAGAGAUAAGUGUUCAUUUCUGGGGAAAGGAUGACAUCAAUUGCUGGGAGUGUUCAGGCCUGGGGGAGCCAAUGCCAGGAGAGAAGUCUUUGUGGAACUCUACUCUGUGGAUGGGGCUGAUGCUCACUGGUGUUGCUUUUCUUGCUGUUUACAAAGGUUCCUUGCCUUUGUACUUUUGGCUGGGAAAUCCAUUCUGCUGGAGCUGUUAUCCUCUACGAUUUUGCCUUGCACUUCCUGCUGGGAUUAUUUUUGCCGUUAUGAUUCUUACCCCUUGUAUGGGCGUGGCAUCCUUGAGGGUCAUCCCUGCUGUCCCACUUCUCAAGCCACAGAUUGGGGGAAUAUCAGACACCAUAUGGCAGAUAGGGCUUGUGUUCUGGGUCCUUCUUAUCGUGGGGUUCAUAACAUACUACUUCUGUAAGAGUACCGUUAUGGAUAUGUGCCCUUGUCUGUCAUGGUGCGAGGAGCCAAAGCAAAAAGAUAAGAAAGACAAAGAAGUGGGGUGCCUGUGGUUCUAACCUAUUAAAGAAGAGGAGUAGGUACCUGUGGUUCCAGUGAGUGACAUUGAAAUAUGAUGCCUGUGGUUCCAGUGAGUGACAUUGAAAUAUGAUGCCUGUGGUUCCAGUAGAGUGACAUUGAAAUGAGGUGCCUGUGGGGUACCAGUGUAUGACACUGAAAUGGGAUGCCUGUGGUUCCAGUGUAUGACACUGAAAUGGGAUGGCUGUUUUACCAUGAUCGAAGUUAAAGAAGAGUGUUACCUGUACUUACUGCUGGCUUAAAGAGAAGGAAGUGUGAUACUUGUGUUCUAAUGUUUUCAAUGAUAUAAAGGGAUAGGGAAGUCAGAGCGAGACAGGUAUUGCUUGUAAAAGUUGCAUAAAUAGUUAAAUAAACUGUAGGUUAGAAAGGUAGUCACUAUUUCUAUUUUAAUCAUAAACUGUCUAAAACACUGGUUAAGUGUGAGUGAAAAUACUAACAAUUUUGAUAACCAAAAUAUUAUUAGAAUAUGAUCUAAACAAGAGUUUGUUGCUGAAAUAGUCUUGGCUCAGAAAUUGGAAAUUAUUCAUGGCAUUGAUUUGUUUGUAAGACUUAUGAUAAUUUUCAAUAGACUAAGUAUUUUCAUUAAUUUUUUUUUUCUUUAUUUUUUCUUCCAGAAGCCCUACAUCAAAUCGGUUUGGUUAAUUGAUAUUUGUUGAUUAAUCAAUUGUCUUUUGAAUCCCAAGUUUCAGCAGAAAUCCGUGAAGUCGUUUACCAGGAUUAUAUGCAAUUGUUUGUGUGCAUGUGACAUAAAAAUCGCUAGAAACCUGUCAUCAGAUCAGUGGCCAUUCAGCUACUAUUGAUAGAACUAACCAAUAAAAUAUGCGAAACUUUUAUAAGAAAAGUGAUAGCAAAACUUACGUUGGCACAGCAAACAAUGCCACAGUAACUGUCCUAGCGAAAGCUCAAAAUAUCACGCAAUGUAUAAAACCCUAACCCAAAGCAUGCUGGCGCCGAUAUUGAUAACGAGCAACAUGUUGGAGAUCGCUUUUAAACAGCUAAAUGUCAUCUAAAAGGGGGCUCUUUAAAAGACACGCGUUGCAUUGAUAUGGUGAUUUAGGACGACUUACUGUUUUAACCAGAGAAAAAAACAACAAAUAGCAACACGACAAGGUAUUAAGGUUGAAGGUUGUUUUUCGUAGUACCUGUUGAAAAAGUAGUGAUUCAGUUUGUUUUGGUGUCUGUUUUUAAUUUGAAGAGGGGAUGUAUAAUUAUCACUCCAGGCUGGCGGAUUUGAUUGGUGGAAAUAAUCACCAAAUUACAGUGAGUUUUGCGACUAAAGUAGUCCAAUUAUCAGCUCCAGAAAGCCAUAUCAUAACCUUUAACAAAACUCCAAUUUCUUAAGAAUGGAUUAUCUGGUGUUUGUUUGAUAGCUGCAGUUAAAAACUCUUUGUUUUCUAGAUUAUUAUUUUUUUCUUUGAAAAGGCCCCUUCUUUUUAAAUGUUGUAAGCCUCUUUUCUUAUGAUGUUUUUAUUGGCGCUCCGAAAGCCCCAAGAUCCGAGGCAGCAAAAGGCAGAGUUUUACAAAUCAGACUGUUAAUAUCUGCAAUCUAUCUUUGGACAGUCAAUGUGGGCUGAAUAAUUUGCCUGUGUUUGUUGAAAGCAAACAAUGGCGGCUAAGCUCUUCUUAGCUUCGUCAAAUGUCAUUUGUUAGCGUUCCCUUAACCAAUCAGCGCGCGCUACAGGGAUACCGCCGCCUUUCUUUCUUGUGCCAUUGUUCUAGCAUUCAUAAAUGGAGUGAGCCCCAGGUCGCAAUGCUUAUGAGAUCCGCGCACCUGUCUUUUGCCAACAUACGUGUACCUGACAAGAAGUUCUUCCGGAAAGGAAGGCUAACUUACCUUACAAAGCUAACCAAGCUCGACAUUAACCCACAACCAACUCCUAAUUCUCCGGAGUUCCUCGCUGAGAGUUUUUUUUUUUUUUGCGCUUAUAGCUUUUUAACCAAUGGAGCUUAAAAGGACCAGAGAAAUUCCCCUUAAUGAAUUUAAGUUUUUCUACGAAAGACCAAAAAGAGUUUCGUCUAAAAAAUCCUAUCGAGAGUUUACAUCUGAUGACGAAAACGAAGCUGACGAAGUCGAGACAGUGGAUGAAGAGUUUCAAAGCCGAAAAAUCAAAGUGGCCAAGAGGAAAGAGACGCCUUCGCAUAUCGCCCUGGAGAAGAAGCAGAAGCAAAUGACAGAGACUCUGAGAUGGCUGGGUGAGAACUACGAGCUCAAGGAAGGGAUGUGUCUUCCUCGAUGCGUCAUGUACACUCACUAUUUGGACUUCUGCAAGAAGAACAAGCUCAACCCAGCUGGUCCAGCAACAUUUGGAAAGAUAAUUCGCCAGAAAUUUCCCAAGCUAACAACAAGACGUCUGGGAACAAGAGGCCAGUCAAAGUACCAUUACUAUGGGAUCCAAGUGAGUGAGUCCUCACCCUACUUCCAUUCCGGAUAUUCCAAGCAAGGGUUGACGAGAUUUUCAACAAUGAAACCUAAAAAUGAGGGUGAAAUAGCUACAAAAAGUAAGUUUUCCCUUGGAGGAAGCAAAACGCGGACGCUACUACCAGAAUUUCCUAACGCUCAAAAACUGGACCUGCCAAAAGGCGUCUCUUUGCAAAAGGUUGAGACAUUCAUCAUGAUGUACCGAACACAUUGUCAGCGAAUUCUUGAUACGGUGAUCAGCGCGAACUUUGAUGGGGUUCAGAGCUUCGUCUGUCACUUUUGGCAGGGCAUGCCCAUCCACAUGAAGUCAGUGCUGCAGUGUUCUGUGCUGGUGGAUGUUAUCGCAAUAUGCGACUCUAUUUUAUACAAAGUUCUCAUUGAUGUCCUAAUUCCGUCAAGCAUCCAGGAUCUUCCCGAUAGCUUGAGGGAAGAGAUUCGCGAGUUCGCUGUAAACCUGUUGGAAUGGCUGAAUGAGUCGCUUACUGACGUUCCGUCUACUGUUCACGCUGCUAAGGUGAAAGUCGCACGAACAUUCGGCAACGCGUUGACGCGGCAAGUAAGCUUUGUGCAUCUCGCACAAACAGCACGCUCCGUGUUGCUAAGUUACGACUCAGUAUCCCGGAUGAUGGACGAUCUGCGAAAAAUCGACUGGAAAGGAAUCAUGUCUCAAAUCACCUUUAUCACUGGAAAUAUGGAAUUCCCCGAGAAAAUUAAGACUUAUAUCCAAGAAUUUGAGAAUCUCUUGACGAAGCAAGCUCCUCUAGAGGCGUACACGGAGUGGCUCGACAGCACCGUGGAUAGAUGCAUCCUCAAGCCUUGUAAAGAGAAUGGUGCGAAAUUCGAUGAGAAGUCCGCCAAGUUUCUGGGCUUGUGGUCACUCUUUACCACUAAGCUAUUAGAGGACCUGACACUCAGGAGCGCACCGAGCUUUGGUGUUUUCCACCUCAUCCAGACCACCUUUCAGGAGUACGUGUUUCUCAUCAUGGAAAACCAGAGACUAAUAGAAGUUGAUCGCACCCUACAUCGCUCAUUACAAGUCCACACCAAACAAGGUAAAUACUGCUACGAGUUGAGCCCUAUUCCGUCUAGUGCCCAUCCCUUUUGUGCCCUAUUCCAUCUAGUGCCCAUCCCUCUUGUGCCUUAUUCCAUCGAGUGCCCAUCACUCUUGUGCCCUAUUCCAUCUAGUGCCUAUCCCUCUUGUGCCCUAUUCCAUCUAGUGCCCAUCACUCUUGUGCCCUAUUCCAUCUAUUGCCCAUCCCUCUUGUGCCCUAUUCCAUCUAGUGCCCAUCCCUCUUGUGCCCUAUUCCAUCGAGUGCCCAUCACUCUUGUGCCCUAUUCCAUCUAGUGCCCAUCCCUCUUGUGCCCUAUUCCAUCUAGUGCCUAUCCCUCUUGUGCCCUAUUCCAUCUAGUGCCCAUCACUCUUGUGCCCUAUUCCAUCUAUUGCCCAUCCCUCUUGUGCCCUAUUCCAUCUAGUGCCCAUCCCUCUUGUGCCCUAUUCCAUCGAGUGCCCAUCACUCUUGUGCCCUAUUCCAUCUAUUGCCCAUCACUCUUGUGCCCUAUUCCAUCUAGUUGCCAUCCCUCUUGUGCCCUAUUCCAUCUAUUGCCCAUCCCUCUUGUGCCCUAUUCCAUCUAGUGCCUAUCCCUCUUGUGCCCUAUUCCAUCUAGUGCCCAUCCCUCUUGUGCCCUAUUCCAUCUAGUGCCCAUCCCUCUUGUGCCCUAUUCCAUCUAGUGCCCAUCACUCUUGUGCCCUAUUCCAUCUAGUGCCCAUCCCUCUUGUGCCCUAUUCCAUCGAGUGCCCAUCCCUCUUGUGCCCUAUUCCAUCUAGUGCCCAUCACUCUUGUGCCCUAUUCCAUCUAGUGCCCAUCCCUCUUGUGCCCUAUUCCAUCGAGUGCCCAUCACUCUUGUGCCCUAUUCCAUCUAGUGCCCAUCACUCUUGUGCCCUAUUCCAUCUAUUGCCCAUCCCUCUUGUGCCCUAUUCCAUCUAGUGCCUAUCCCUCUUGUGCCCUAUUCCAUCGAGUGCCCAUCCCUCUUGUGCCCUAUUCUAUCUAGUGCCCAUCACUCUUGUGCCUUAUUCCAUCGAGUGCCCAUCACUCUUGUGCCCUAUUCCAUCUAGUGCCUAUCCCUCUUGUGCCCUAUUCCAUCUAGUGCCCAUCACUCUUGUGCCCUAUUCCAUCUAGUGCCCAUCCCUCUUGUGCCCUAUUCCAUCUAGUGCCCAUCCCUCUUGUGCCCUAUUCCAUUUAGUGCCCAUCACUCUUGUGCCCUAUUCCAUCUAGUGCCCAUCACUCUUGUGCCCUAUUCCGUCUAGUGCCCAUCCCUCUUGUGCCCUAUUCCAUCUAGUGCCCAUCCCUCUUGUGCCCUAUUCCAUCGAGUUCCCAUCCCUCUUGUGCCCUAUUCCAUCUAUUGCCCAUCACUCUUGUGCCCUAUUCCAUCUAGUGCCCAUCCCUCUUGUGCCCUAUUCCAUCUAGUGCCCAUCCCUCUUGUGCCCUAUUCCAUCUAGUGCCCAUCACUCUUGUGCCCUAUUCCAUCUAUUGCCCAUCCCUCUUGUGCCCUAUUCCAUCUAGUGCCCAUCCCUCUUGUGCCCUAUUCCAUCGAGUGCCCAUCCCUCUUGUGCCCUAUUCCAUCUAUUGCCCAUCCCUCUUGUGCCCUAUUCCAUCUAGUGCCCAUCCCUCUUGUGCCCUAUUCCAUCUAGUGCCCAUCCCUCUUGUGCCCUAUUCCAUCUAGUGCCCAU